CUGAUGGGUGCUGACGGUGGCUCAAUUCCUACUCGAGGUGAACUUGUUAAAAAAAAGGAGAAGCCGAAAACAGUAGAAAAGGAGGUCGUUUUAGAAUCUAAAUGGAGUUACUGUGCCUUGUCUAGUGAGUUUUUAAGAAAGCCUAUUGUGGCCUGUAAGCUUGGAAGACUAUACAAUAAAGAAGCCCUUUUGAGACAUUUACUUGAUCGUAGUCAAUAUAGCGAUAACGCGACUUUGGUUUCUCACAUACGUGGUUUAAAGGAUGUCGUUACUCUUAAUUUGAAGGACAAUCCCUCUUUUGAAGAUAAAAAAAAAAAUUUUACUACGGAAUCUCAGUUUAUGUGCCCCAUUUCUGAACUUCCGAUGAACGGCAUUCACAAAUUUUUCUAUAACUGGAACUGCGGCUGUGUUUUUUCGGAAAAGUCUUAUAAAGAAGUCAAAGAAGAAAACUGUUUAGUGUGCAAUCAAUCUGUGUUUGGUUUGGUUAUUCCGCUUUACCCCGAUAAAAGCAAAGAAGAUGAACUGAGACUUUUACUUAAACUGAGCUCUUCGAAUGGCCGCUGCAAAAGGAAAUCAACUUCUCGCUUAAAUUCUUUAACAUCAGUCAGUGAAGUUUCUAUAAAAAAGUUGAGGCGACUUGAGCCGGAAGGCAGCGAAGUUUACAAGUCUAUUUUUGCUGAUCCCAAAAAAAAGAAACCGGAGGCUUCCUUUUUGUGUCGAUCCGUUCACGGCGCUUAUUUGUAG